AUGAAGAAGACGCAGACAGUCAUGUUGAAUGCGGAUUGUAUGAAAAGCCAGGAUCUGUCCCGUAUAUUUCGGCUGGGUACUCCGGACACGGAAAGCCUCGAGCAUACGCUUGGCUGGUCUACUCCUCUGUUAUACCGUGUUACUGUACAGAGGCGGGGGAGGGAAAUCAAGAUGGGCUCAAACUACGAAAAGCAAUCACUCAGGUUUGAACUUACUCCUGCUGUACAAACCAUUCUCGUAGGCCGUAUACUUGUCGGAAACGGGGUCGCAGAAUCGCAAAUUAUGAAACCAAUUGCACUCGGAACAAUGACUACAGAUAAAAUCCCCGCAGCGGUAGAGUCCAAGCCAUCGCCUGGGCAAAGUUCACCAGACCUUGACAAUAUUGGAGAAGAGGUGCUGAACGCGGCGGAAACCAUUGAAGUCGUUGAGGAUAAUGUAGUUGAACUUGAGGAUAUACUUGCACUCCGGGUUACCAAAGAUUCGGAAAAGGAUGUAAACGUAGUGGACUCUUGUGUAAUGGUGGAUAUAGGGAAGAUUGUUGUGAACACCAGAGAUCCAUCGGCAGACGAUGCUCUGGUAGCGUCAGAUGGUGUGGGUGUCACGUCAAGAGUAGAAAUGGAUAUAUCCUGA